UUAGAUCAAAUAUUUAAAUACUAAUAAUCACCUUUUAGUAAUAAUGUCUGAAAUCAAAGAUAACUCUCCACAUGCUGUUUCCCAAGCUGGUGGUAAGACUGCCUUUAAGGAUUAUAUUGGAAAAUAUGCUCACAUUGAAGAUCCUCUUGAAAGAAGAAGACUUGCAUUGGAAGAUAUUGAUAAUGAUGGAUUUGGAUGGACUCAAGUCAAGAUGAUUUUAAUUGCCGGUGUUGGUUUCCUUACCGAUUCUUAUGAUAUUUUUGCCAUUAACUUGGGUGUCUCCAUGUUGGCUUAUGUAUACUGGAAGGGUACUAUUCCAGAUUCUACUACUACUCUUAUCAAGGUUUCUACUUCUGUUGGUACCGUUAUCGGUCAAUUAGGUUUCGGUUUCUGUGCUGAUAUUUUCGGUCGUAAGAAGAUUUACGGUCUUGAAUUGAUCAUUAUGAUUGUUGCAUGUAUCAUUCAAUGUACCAUUGGUAGUUCUCCAGCCAUUAACUUUACCGCUAUUUUCGUUGUAUUAAGAAUUGUUAUGGGUAUUGGUAUUGGUGGUGAUUAUCCACUUUCUUCCAUUAUCUCUUCUGAAUUCUCAACCACAAAAUGGAGAGGUGCCAUUAUGGGUGCUGUUUUCUCUAACCAAGGUCUUGGUCAAUUAUUUGCUGGUAUUGUUGCCAUUGUUCUUGUUGCUGCCUACAAGGAUGAUUUAAUUGUUGCUAACACUGCUGCUCAAUGUACUGGUUCUUGUAUUAAGGCCUGUGAUCAAAUGUGGAGAAUUCUCGUUGGUUUCGGUUGUGUUCCAGGUUGUGUUGCCCUUUACUACCGUUUGACUAUUGCUGAAUCCCCACGUUAUUCUCUUGAUGUCGAUGAAAACGAUGAUCUCCACAAGGUUGCUGACGCUGAAGCUGCUAUUGAUGUCCAUGCUCAAGAAAUUGCCCCACCAAAGGCUUCUUUCAAGGAUUUCUGGGCUCAUUUCGGUCAAUGGAAGCAUGGUAGAAUUUUACUUGGUACUGCUGGUACUUGGUUCAUGUUGGAUGUUGCCUUCUAUGGUUUAGGUUUGAACUCUGCUACUAUUUUGUCUGUUAUUGGUUACGCUUCUUCUAAGAACGUUUACUGGAAGUUGUAUAACUCUGCUGCUGGUAACUUGAUUUUGAUUUGUGCUGGUUCCUUACCAGGUUACUGGGCCACUGUUGCUACUAUUGAUACUGUUGGUAGAAAGCCAAUUCAAAUGGGUGGUUUCGCUAUCUUGACUAUUCUUUUCGUUGCCAUUGGUUUUGGUUACGACAAAUUGAAGAAAAACAACGGUCAUGGUUUAUUAGCUCUUUACGUCUUGUGUCAAUUUUUCCAAAAUUUCGGUCCAAACACCACUACUUUCAUUAUUCCUGGUGAAAUUUUCCCAACUAGAUACAGAUCCACUGCUCAUGGUAUUUCCGCUGCUACUGGUAAGGUUGGUGCUAUCAUUGCUCAAACUUGUAUCGGUACUUUGAUUAACCACGGUUGUCCAACUGCUAACGGUUGUUUCUUACCUCAUGUCAUGGAAAUCUUUGCUUUGUUUAUGUUGCUCGGUUUCUUCCUUUCCUUCUUGGUUCCUGAAACUAAGAGAAUGACUUUGGAAGAAAUUUGUGAAAAGUACCACGGUGAAGUUGACACCACCAAAUUGGGUAAGGACAGAUACGUUACACAACAAGAUGAAUCUUACGAUUCUGACUUGAAGCAAUAAACUAUACAACUUUUCAAUUCUUAGCAUUUACCUUGCUCUACAUUUUAAUAAUCAGAAAUACGAAUA